UUUCCGGACACAAAAGAGAGAGAGAGAGAGAGAGAGGGAGAGCCGAGGGGGUGGUGGAACAUUGGGCCAUCUCUCUCCUCCGCUUUAUGUGGGUCCCGCGCCCGCCGGAAGGAGUCGGAGUCGCCCACUAACGGCCGGAACCCUUGCUUGAUCCGUCCUCCCUCCUUCCAUGGAGACGCGAUCGUUAGCUCUCGCCCUGCUCCUCCCCUUCCUCCUCUCCGCCGGCGACGCUCUCGCCCCCUCUCCCUCUCCCUCACCCUCCCCCUCCCGGUCGCCGUCCCCUCGCCGCACGCCGCCGAAGCAGGUGGCCUCGACUAGCCUCCAGCUGCCGCCUCCGCCACCCCCGCCACCGCCCCCUCCGCCGCAUCCCCGGGUUCCCCGUGGCCGCCUGGAGCAUCAGGCCGGCGCGGACGCGGGCGCCGCGCCGCCCGGGAACCCCAAGCAGCUCAAUCUCGGGGAGAAGGUCGGGCUCGCGUUUCUUGUCGUGGCCGUGGUGCUGCAGGUGGCGUUCGGGGGGUUCCUCGUCUUCAAGAGAUCGCAGCUGAGUCGGACGGUGCGAGGCGAUCGGCGGUUGUCGGUGCCCUCCCUUGCCCAUUCUCCAUGAGUCUUGUUGUUCAAUGGACGGAAAGAUUGUUUCUUUUUGGAGUCCGCCACCGCAGAAUUGGGUAAAUCGGAUGAUUUGGUGGAUUCCAGUCACAAUGCGGGCUAUCCUGACUUGUGGUCUCUCGGUUGGGGAUCGAGUGCUCCAUGACCAGCUCUGUUGGUUGGGGUAAAUUUGAUCUCUACUUGUAUCUUCUCCUGUAAUCUUGCAAUGUUUGAUAUAUACGAUUGUCGUUACCUCAUCACGAUUAUAAUGUCAAAUCCUUAAUGAUUAGAGAGAAGAAUGUACUUUGUCUCUGAUCUUGUUUAUUGUUGAUCAUCCUUUUACUAUGUUUCUAUUCCCUAUGUCUUAUUUGAUGCUGCAGCAAUUGUUUUGAUCUGUUUCUUAAAGGAGAGUAUGUUUGUUCUCUAACUAUAGAUUUGCAGUGGAGGUGUUAUAACAUGAGCUAAAGCGUUUUCGGAAAGAAAAAAAGAAAACAAAGUACUUGUUCAUCUGGGCAUUUGAUCUUGAGAUGGAGGCUUGGGUUCCAAGAUGAGCUUCAACCAAGUCAUUUUUCCAAUUUGCUGAGACUUUUGCCUUUGAGAGGGUCUUAUGUACAACAAGAAGAUGAAAGCAAAGGGUAAUACCAUGGUCACUGCUGCACCCAAAGAACUUUGCCUUCUCCUGUAUAUAUUGGUGUGCAAGGCCAACCUUGAGCAUAUCAAACUCCUACCGUCAAAGCAUACAACAGAGCCAGCCUUGAGCAUAUCAAACUCCCAUCACCAAAGCAUACAACACACAGACAACAUGAGCACAUCAACCCCAAGCAACAAGGAAUCCACAGCAAAUAAGACCAAGGCUUCGGCAGCGCUCCAAAGUGAUCUUGUGGAAUUAAUAAAUCAACAUUAUGAUUCAUGUUUCAAGAAUGUGACAGGAUUUGAUGACUUCUACCGAGCACUUCAUGAGAUUAUGGAAAAGCUUAGUGAGAGCAAAGGGGCAAUUCAACUCAAAUUGCCAUCAAGUGAUGCUUUAAAGUCUGCUUUCGAGAAGCACCACCCCAGAGAGAACAAAGCCUUGUUGAAGGAGGAGUUCAAAAACAUCAUCAAGGAUGUGAUUACAUUUGAGAGCUUCUCCAUGGGGAAAGGAGCACUUGAGACCAUCUUCUUCAUAUUUGGGGUUCCCAUAUGUACCUUCUUCCUCAAGAGGUUCAUCCCUGGAGGUGCAAGAGUGUCUGAUGACAUACUCAUCCCUGCUGUCACUUCGGGCACUGUCAUCCUCCUGGCUAAGACUAACAAGCUCUAAGUGCCCAACCAACACUAUGCCUUAUUAUUUUCAAUGAUUUAAGUACAAACAAUAAUGUUACAUGUCCUAAAUAAUAUUUUGUAUGUGCUUAUCAUCAUCAUCAUCAAAAGUGUUAUAUUGAGACAAAAAAAUCAAGGUUAAUAUGGU